ACUAGAUGCGUCACUUCCGGGUAGAGCGGGCCUCCCUAAUCUGAAUAGAGGGUGUAGUUUAUGCUAAAAUUUGGCAGUAGUUGAUUAUUUGAUUCUCUGGGACUGCGUUUUCGCGGGAAGACUUCAUGUUACGGUUUAUCGUGGACACGUUAACCGUGUCAGGGAAGCACGUGUUGUCGCUUUUCUACAAGCUUUUCCAUAUGAAAGAAAAUUUUUAUCAAAGUUCUCAUAGCUGAUUCAACUGUUGACAAAUUUUUGAAAGGCGAAGCUGAGUCCAGAGCAACAUUUACAGCUAAUCUUAUAAAAAUGUGUGAAAAUAAAGCAAUCUGAAGGAAUUCAAGACCAAAAACUUUGCUGACUGAAAUAUAUUGUAUUCUUCAUACCAAUAAGAGCAUUUGGAGAAAGACCUUUUUAUUCUGUUAAAUCUUGAUGGAGGCAGAAGACCAGCAGCAAUGGAAGAGAACCUUUUACUCAGAAUUACCUAAAGUGGAACUUCAUGCCCACUUGAAUGGAUCCAUCAGUUCUAAUACCAUGAGGAAAUUAAUAGCUAAGAAACCAGGUCUUAAAAUCCAUGAUCAGAUGACUAUGAUUGAUAAGGGAAAGAAAAGAACUUUAGAAGAAUGUUUCCAGAUGUUUCAGAUUAUUCAUCAACUUACUACUAGCCCUGAAGAUAUUUUAAUGGUCACAAAAGAUGUCAUUAAAGAAUUUGCAGAUGAUGGUGUCAAGUACCUGGAACUAAGGAGCACACCUAGAAUAGAAAAUACUACAGGAAUGACUAAAAAAACUUAUGUGGAAUCUGUACUUGAGGGUAUAAAACAGUCUAAACAAGAAAACUUAGACAUUGAUGUCAGAUACUUGAUAUCAGUUGACAGAAGAGGUGGCCCUUCAGUAGCCAAGGAGACUGUUAAACUUGCUGAAGAAUUCUUCCUUUCUACUGAAGAUACAGUUCUUGGCCUUGACCUCAGUGGAGACCCUACGGCAGGACAAGCACAAGAUUUCUUGGAACCUCUUUUAGAAGCAAAAAAAGCAGGUCUGAAGCUGGCAUUGCAUCUUUCAGAGAUUCCAAACUCCAAAAAAGAAACACAAGUACUCCUGGAUCUGCUUCCUGACAGAAUCGGGCAUGGGACAUUUCUCAACAACUCUGAGAGUGGAUCCCUGGAUCUGGUGGACUUUGUGAGGCAACACCAGAUGCCACUGGAACUCUGUUUGACCUCAAACAUCAAAAGUCAGACAGUUCCAUCUUAUGACCAGCAUCAUUUUGGAUUCUGGUACAGCACUGCCCAUCCUUCUGUGAUCUGUACCGAUGAUAAGGGUGUUUUUGCAACACACCUUUCCCAAGAGUACCAGCUGGCAGCUGAAAAUUUUAAUUUGACCCUGUCGCAGGUAUGGGAUCUGUCUUAUGAAUCCAUCAACUACAUCUUUGCUUCUGAGAGUACCAGGUCUGAACUGAAGAGCAAGUGGAAUCACCUGAAGCCUAAAGUGUUACAUUUUUAAGCUGUAAUGAGGUGAAUUACUUUUGAGUAUGUGUUGCAACCAAGAUCUUCUUGCCAUAUUCCUCUUAGUAAACCAUUCACCUCUCCCUUUGAAUAGUAGCCGAUUAACAUGGGCUCCAUCACCAGCAUCUUACUCAUGGUGGGUGCUCAGUAAAUAUGUUUUAAAUUGACUAACAGACUCCAAGGUCUUACAUAGCUUAUGUAUAUGCUGCUUACUAGAAGGGACCUGAAUGUUGCUGCUAAAUUCCCCAUUCCACCACUGAUUUUUACUUGCCCUUCUGCAUUAGUGAUCCUAAAACUUCAGGAAAUUCAAAGUAGUUUUUCUUCAGGAAAAGUUUUGGAAUUACUAGUUUAAAUAAAGUGAUGAGGAGAAGGGGAAAACAGAUUGCCUCCAAAACCUUCAAGCUUUCCAGCUUCUGACAACAGCUCUGUAUUUUGUUGUGCUUGCUAUAAUCAGAGUCUCUUAAGUAUUCCCCAAAAUUGUUGACUCAAGGCUAUACUGCAUUCCAUGGGCUUUUGUGAAUAUCCAGUAGUCAGGGUUCUUCUACUUUAGGAAACUCUAGUGACAGAUAAAAUUAGCUGCUGAGAUCUGGCUUUCUCCUUCUUACGAUUAAUUCCUCGGGAAUCAAGUUUCCAGGCUUUUGGUUUUUUUUUAAAUGUGUCUACCUUACCUUUUCUCUUCUCUUACUUUGACCAUAUGGAGCUAUGCUGGCCAGAUGCUUCUUGAGCUCUAGGAUACUUUCAAAGGCCUAUAUUUCCAGCCUUUAUUAUUUUUUGUCACCCCUUCCCUUGACCUUACUCCGUAUUUCCAGCCUUUAAUCUGACUUCCAGUAGUUCCAAAGUUUUGUUUCUGAAAAGACCCCAUGAUGGAUGUUGGAAGAAUUUAAACUAAUUAAAAUAUUUCCAUAUAACAUGUUAUUUUAAGCACCAUGGUGUCAAAGAAUGCUCAGUAACACUGUACAUCAAAACUUUGAGACAUGUAUCUCACUGGAUAGCUAUUUGAAUAUAUAUAAAUAAAGUUUUCAUUUUAGAUUUUGAAUUGAAUAAUGGAGAAAGAAUUGAUCCAUCUUUAUGUUCAUUCUCAUCUUCCCUACAUGGCCAGCAUAAAAACAGUUCUCUACAGAGUUGACAACACUCAAAUUAUUGUAAAAGGAAAAUGGCCGCAACAUUGAGACUAUAUAUGUCAUUAAGUUCUAUGGCUUUGGCCAUAGAGCACAAGCAAUAAAAGAAGAAGGAUGGCAUGGGGAAAAUAAAUGAAAAGAAGUAAUAGCAGUAGGGAAAUAACUGAUGGAAAUUAAUAUGACUGCCCAGCUCCUACUAAUACAUUCUUCUUUGCUGCAUGUGCAACUCAGUCUGUUCCCACAAAGGUCUUGUGGGUGUUAAAAGGAUAGGGGUAUAUAGAUUCCCUUGCUCCCUCAACAGUGGGCUUAGUUUCUCUUCCUUAGAAUGUUUGAAAACUAUUAUUUCUUACUUCCUUCAUCUUUAGGAAUGGCAAAUUGGGUAACAGAUAAUGAUUUGUGAGCAAGUUUGAGGUGAACUGGUUUUUCCCCAGUAAGAGACUUUGCAUUUGCCCUAUUUCUUCUACACACUUUCUUCAUCUGGAGGUUGGAGGGAUGGUCCUGGUCCUGGGUCUUUUAAAAUAAGACUUACUCUCCAUGUUCAGUAAUGAUGGAGCCUUAUGGAUAUGGACACAGAUACCAAGGAAGGAUUUUCAUUCUAAUUUCUCUUUGACCAUAUUCUAAUCUAUUUCUCAGCCCAGAACAUAAAGAUUCAGACAAACAUUCUCCCAGUAACCCCACACAGGGAGCCAAAAAAAGCAGGUGAAGAUUUAUCUUUUCCCACCAGCAA